AUGCAGGGCUCUUUUUAAUCGAAGUAAGCUCUAACUGACAUAUUUGAUUAAAUAAAAGAUGUAGACAUAUAAAUCUUCGGGUUCAUAUUAGAAAUAUUAAGAAAGGAAAAAGUGUAAGACUGCAUAGGAUUUCUAUCAGACAUUAGGAAUCAAAGGCAAUUAGAAUCAUAAAUUUUACAACAAGUUGGGAAUUUUACCCAAGCUGAAACACAAUAGAAAUUGCUUAUUUUGAGAAAGGACUUGAAAUAAAUUACAAUUGUCUUAGAAACAUUAAAAGAUCAUGACUUCAAUAAAAAAGACUAAUCUAGUGAUGAAAAUUAAGAAUCUACAUAAAGUCUAGUUAAUAGUAUAAAGGAUAAUAAAUAAAUCAUUGAAUUUUUCUAAUUUUUAGUUUUGCUCACAUCCAUAGAUAAAACUUUAAUUUAAAGUGGAUCAAAUUCUUUACACUUAUUGGUUCAGAUGAUCGUAGACCUUAGAAACAGAAAUUUCGAAAAAAUUAAAAUCCAAAAUACUUCUUUAGUAGGAGCUAAUUUUGUUAGGUGCAAUUUUAGUGAAUCUUAAUUUAAUAAUGUCAACAUAAGUGGAAUAAAUAUUAACGGUUCAAUAUUAUAUAAUUGUUAAUGGAAAAAAAUGAAAAUCGAUGAAUUGAAUAAAUUGGAUGGUCAUAGUGGGAGUGUGAGAUCAGCCUGUUUCUCUUCUGAUGGAAAUACAUUAGCUUCUUGUAGUUAUGAUAAGUCUAUCAGUCUAUGGGAUGUCAAAACAGGAUAAUAAAAAGCCUAAUUGGAUGGCCAUAGUAAUACUAUCUACUCAGUUUGUUUCUCUACUGAUGGAAAUACAUUAGCUUCAGGUAGUGAAGAUAAGUCUAUCCGUCUUUGGGAUGUCAAAACAGGAAAAUAAAAAGCCAAAUUGGAUGGUCAUAGUAAUACUAUCUACUCAGUUUGUUUCUCUACUGAUGGAAAUACAAUAGCUUCAGGUAGUGAAGAUAAGUCUAUCCGUCUUUGGGAUGUCAAAACAGGAUAAUAAAAAGCUAAAAUAGAUGGUCAUAAAUAUGGUGUCUGCUCAGUUUGUUUCUCUCCUGAUGGUCAUACGUUAGCAUCUAGUAGUUUUUAUGAGUCUAUUCGUUUAUGGGAUGCCAAAACAGGAUAAUAAAAAGCCGAAUUAGAUGGUCAUACUAGCACUGCCUACUCAGUCUGUUUCUCUCCUGAUGGAAAUACAUUAGCUUCUGGUAGUAGUGAUCAUUCUAUCCGUCUUUGGGAUGUCAAAACAGGAUAUUAAAAAGCCUAAUUGGAUGGUCAUAGUAAAACUGUCUACUCAGUUUGUUUCUCUCCUGAUGGAUAUACAUUAGCUUCUGGUAGUGAUGAUAACUCUAUCCGUCUUUGGGAUGUCAAAACAGGAUAAUAAAAAGCCAAGUUGGAUGGUCAUACUAACACCGUCUACUCAGUUUGUUUCUCUCCUGAUGGAAAUACAAUAGCUUCUGGUAGUAAAGAUUAUUAUCUCCGACUUUGGGAUGUCAAAACACCAUAAUUAAAAGCCAAGUUGGAUGGUCAUAUUAGUUUAGUUAAUUAAGUCUGUUUCUCUCCUGAUGGAAAUUUAUUAGCUUCUUGUAGUUAUGAUAAGGCUAUUCGUUUAUGGGAUGUCAAAACAGGAGAAUAAAAAGCCAAAUUGGAUGGACAUAGUUAUUCUGUCUACUCAGUCUGUUUCUCUCCUGAUGGUCAUACAUUAGCAUCUGGUAGUAAUGAUAAUUCUAUCCGUUUAUGGGAUGUCAAAACAGGAUAAUAAAAAGCCAAAUUAGAUGGUCAUAGUGAUUCUGUCAACUCAGUCUGUUUCUCUCCUGAUGGUCAUACAUUAGCAUCUGGUAGUAAUUAUGAUUCUAUCCGUUUAUGGGAUGUUAAAACAGGAUAAUAAAAAGCCAAAUUAGAUGGUCAUAAUGAUGAUGGUAUAUCAGUCUGUUUCUCUCCUGAUGGAAAUACGUUAGUUUCUGGUAGCUAUAAAUAGUCUAUCCGUCUUUGGGAUGUCAAAACAGGAUAACAAAAAGCCAAAUUUGAUAAUCAUAGUGGCUUACCAGUCUGUUUCUUUCCUGAUGGAUUUACAUUAGCCUCUUGUAGAUAUAAGUCUAUCCGUCUAUGGAAUGUCAAAACAGGAUAAUAAAUAGCCAAAUUGAAGGUAUAUGAUAGUCCUGUCUACUCAGUCUGUUUAUCCCCUGAUGGUCAUACAUUAGCAUCUGGUAGUAAAGAUGGGUCUAUUCGUCUUUGGGAUGUCAAAACAGGAAAAUAAAAAGCCAAAUUAGAUGGUCAUACUAGAAUUGUCUCAUCAGUCUGUUUCUCUCCUGAUGGAAAUAAAUUAGCAUCUGGUAGUUAUGAUAAGUCUAUCCGUCUAUGGGAUGUCAAAACAGAAUCAGAAAUUAAGUUCUCAGAUAAAAACUACUAAGAUAUUCUUUCAUCAAUUAAGAUUCAGCUCCAAUAACAAUACCAUAUAUCCGAAGGUAUUAUUUAUCCCCUAUCAUAUUUUUAGCAUACAAUUACAUUACUACACUCUGCAUAUCCUAAUCCGCAAUAUUCUAAGCAUAAGGAGCGCUAAUUUAUAAAGGAGAGUUUAUAAAUUAAUCAGGAAUAGAUUUAAAGAAAUUUUUUUAACAAAAAGGAAGUUGCUUUUUAGAAGACUUAUAAAAAAAGUGA